AUGAUUCUUCCUGAUGACAUGGUUUUGUCAAAACCACCACCUCAACCAGACUUUGCUACCAGAGAUAAUGAAGAUGAAUCCUCAAUAUCAGUAGAUGAUGUUGAUGAAGAAGAAAUUCUCCAGCUGGAUGUUGUUACAGAUUUCAUGUCAACCAAAAAUGAUGUUACAGAUAUUGUUGAUAUAAAUAUUUCACAAUUAGCAAAGUCUACGAAGAACAAGGAAAAAUUGACAGCUCUAAAAAGGGCAACAUUGAGAUAUUGCAUUUCAGGAUUAAUUGACCUUUUAGCUCAUAUGCGAAAUUGGUUUUCUGCUAAUGAUCUUGAAUUUAUGAAAAAAGAUUUUAAACCAAUUAUAAAACCUCCCGACUUUGAAGAAGAAGUUGAUGUUUUUAUCACGGAAGUAGAGAAGGCCGAAAAUGCGAUGUUAGUUAGGUUCAUGAGUAAUUUAGGAAUCGACUUAGGCGAAUGGGAAUUUUCAGCGUACGCUACACCUGCUAAGGCAAUUGAGGAUCGCUGUAGAUUUGCAAGAAUUAACCAGUUCAUAUUAAACGGCAUGUUAAAGUUGGAUUUAUCUGAUGAGCAAACGAAAAUAGUAAAGGUGCCAUUUUUACAAAUUGCCGGAGCUUAUGGACAAGUAUUGCUUGAAGAUUUGGUUAACGGAUUUUAUGUGGUUAUACCUGGACUGUCGUUUGAAUUGCCGACAAAGCUAUCUCAAAUUCAAAAGUUAAGGCCUGCUGAAACAUAUGAAGAGAUUGGUAACAUGCUCGAUGGACUUGACUAUGGACCUAACAAACUUGAUAGGAACCAUGGUGGUCGCCAAAAACAAAAACUUCAUCUCAGCUAUCAAUUGAAAUUCAAAAAAUAG